UUUAAAUUUUGCCUUUUCGUUUUCGUCUUUUCGAUUAAUUUUCGUUGUUGUUCUUCUUCUGCACUGUGUAAUUUUUCAAUUCUCAUUAUUUUUUUUCAUAAUAAUUUCUAAAUUUAGAAAACCAAAACACACGAUAUCAGCUCUUGAGUUCUGAUUGGUAUCUUUUCUUUGUUUUGUCGAACGAAAACUUUUCAAAAUAUUAAUAAUAAUACAACAAAAAAAAAGUACGCCAAAUUGUUGCUCCGUGAAAUUGUUUUGAACGACGAAGACUCCCAAACAAAAAUUGGAGGUUUCAGUUCUGUAUUCUCAUUCCGUCGUGGCGUACCUAGAGACGAACGUUCAAAAAUUAUGAUUAUGUAAAAAAAUAUAAACAAAAUAUAAACUGAAAAAAAGAACCGAUAUCUUGAACAAAUAUUUACCUUACCUGAUAUGAAAUACAGACACAGAAAUCCGGAACCAUACUAUGAGGGACUUCCACCGUUCAAUGUCUCUGGCAGCCCCUUCAAUGUCGUCCCAAUUCACAGGUAUCCAGAACUCAUGCAAGAAUGCUGCAAUCUUAUAAACUCGGAAUGGCCACGAAGUGAUACGGCCCGAAUGCGUUCACUUGUGGCAUCCUGCGACACAUUGCCAGUUAGUUUAGUCCUAACUACUGAUAAUUUAUGCCGUGUAAUUGCUCAUUGUAAAUUGAGUGCGAUACCAAGCAAGAAAUUGGCCUGCUUUGUAGAAUCCGUUGUGGUUGACAAAAUGUACCGAGGCAGAGGUCUUGGAAAACUAAUUAUGAAAUGCGCUGAAGAUUAUUGUCGAAGUGUGCUGGAAUUAAAAGCCAUAUACUUAUCAACAAUCGAUCAAGAGGGAUUUUACGAAAGAAUUGGCUAUGAAUUUUGUGCACCUGUUUCGAUGUAUGGCCCGCGUCACUGUGAACUGCCUAGUUUGGAAAAUGCUAAAAAGAAAUAUAUGAAAAAGAUUCUAUAAAACAUAGAGUACCAGUUACAGUUUGGUGGGGAAACAAACAAGAAAACAAAGAAAAACUUAUGCUAUUCCAUUAUGAUUUUAUUAAGUUGAAAUGUUUUAUGGAAAAGAGAUCACUUUAUUUUUUGUUGAUUCUUUGCACAUAUUGCUGGCGUUAAGUGAAAAAAAAAGAAAAAAAUGUAGCACUAUCUUUAAGUGAUCUUUUGAUCUUUUUGUUGACAAAAAAAACGCAAAAUAAGAGAUAAAACCUCCACAUUAUAAAUAUUUUUAAGUAAAUUAUUUUUCUAUUAAACUUAAUGUGUGUAUGUAAUUAUUAUUUUUUUUUAUAAUUUGUUUUGCAUAAAAUAUUGUUUUUGAAAAUU